AUGUUCUACAAGGGCGACCGGUGUUUCGGGGUGCCUAAAGCCGUUGUCCUCAUCUUCCUUGGUAUGUCAGAUGACACCGUGGAUGAAGACGCUGUACCUUCUCGACUAUGGUUGUUAGCCUUGACAGACUACCUCUCUGAGAUGUUCUACGACGCCAGCUAUGCGGGCUUCCAGUUCCAGGUAUCCAAUGAGAUUGAUGGCUUGUCCAUCCAGUUUGCCGGCUUCAGUGACAAGCUCGUCCUGCUCGUGGAGAAGGUUCUCUCCACACUGCAGGAAUUCCAAGGUCCUUCUGACCAGGACUUUUCGGAGGUCUUGGAUCGCGUGCGGCGCGAGCAGAAGUCCUUCGAUGCUCAGCCGUCGUACCAGUACGCCGCCUACUCUGCCCGCAUCGCGACGCAUAACCCGGACUAUUCCAUCGAGUUUCUCCGGAGGCAGACUGCCAAGGCGUCAGCUGCUGCAGCCCGCAACUUCGGCGGGAGGCUUCGGCGCCGGUCGCCGCUGUACGGUCAGGCUCUCCUGCAGGGCAACGUAGGCCCCGCUGAUGCGGCAGAGAUUCAGCGGGUGCUAAACGCCAUGCCCUUCGAGCCCCUCCCGCGGGCGAGGCGGACCAGAGUGGCCGUGGUGAAACCGCCACGGAAGGGAGCACUUCUGGCACGCUCGAACCCGAACCCGUCCGAGACGAACCGGGCGAUUUGGGUCACCUUCUCCACAGGUCCAGAAGCCAAAGUCGUGGUCAUGACGGAGUUGCUGCAACAGAUCUUAGCGGACCCGUUUUACAACGAAAUCCGCACGAAGCAGCAGCUGGGCUACGUUGUCCUUGCUCAAGCGGAUCGGGACGGCCUCUCAGCUCGGCUCUCCCUGGCUGUGCAAAGCAGCAGCCGGGAACCUGAGGAGCUGUUGGAGGCCGUCCAGGCGUUUCUGGUGCAGUUCAAGCGAACUUUGGAAGAGCUCCCGGCCAAGGAGUUUUCCGCUUUCAAGAUCGCUUUGGUGGAGCAGAUCGUUAAGCCGGAUGAGCGGCUAGGUGAGGAAGCGGUGCGCUGGUGGGAGGAGAUCCGUUCCUUUCAGUUCGCCUGGCGACGCCGCACCGAGGAAGCAAACCUGGUGACUUCUGUCACCAAGGCAGAUCUCUUGAACUUCUACGAGAGCCACUUCCUUCCAGGAGGUUCGGAGCAUCGACCAGUGGUCUCCGCAACCUUCGCUCAGUCGGGCGGCGGUGCUGAGAAAGCAAAGCGUUCGCUGACGGCGAAGUUCCAGGCGCAAGGAGGUGUCAUCAUCGAGGAUGCCGAGAAGUUCAGCAAGACUAGCGAGAAGUGGCCUUACGUGGAGCGGUCGCCAUACGACUCUCUCUGA